AUGCCGGCGGACCCUAGAAAAAAUGGGACAACGGGUUUAAAAAAUCACAUAGAAAUGAGAUGCAAGCUCUCUCCUCUCUAUCAACAACAAGGUGAUGCAAAUCAACCUUCUUUGACAACGUAUACAAUGGGUAGUGGAUUGGUUCCUCACACAUUCAAUCAAAAAAAAUGUGAGUUAAAGGUUGUGAAGUUCAUCAUUAAGGAUGAGCAUCCUUUUAGAGUCGUUGAGGGCUCGGGUUUUAAGGAAAUGAUGAACGAGGUGCAACCUCGUUUUAAGGUACCAAGUAGGAAGAAGGUUUCCGAGGGGGUGUGGGAGUUAUUCAUGGUUGAAAAGGUAAAGAUAAUGAGUGUGAUUGGUGAGCAAAGAGUUAGUAUCACAACCGAUACUUGGACAUCGAUCCAAAACAUAAAUUACAUGGUUGUGACGAUCCACUUCAUGGAUAGUGAUUGGAACUUACACAAAAGAAUAAUUAGUUUCACAAAGAUCACUAGUCAUAAGGGCAUUGACAUAGGAAAAACCCUAGAUGCAUGUUUGACGGAUUGGGGCAUACAUAAAGUGUUCACAAUUACCGUUGAUAAUGCUUCCGCCAAUGAUGGGGCGGUUGAGUACAUGGCACAAAGCCUAAAGGCAAUGAACACCUUAAUGUUGGAUGGGAAGUACUUGCACUUGAGGUGUGCUUGUCACAUUCUUAAUUUAAUUGUUAAGGAUGGGUUGAAGGAGCUUAGUGCCUCAAUUGAGGGUAUAAGAAAUUGUGUGAAGUUUAUUCACUCUUCUCCGGCAAGGUUGGAUAAGUUUAGAGAGUUUGCCAUUGCAUGUAGGAUGGACAAGAUGGCAAAUGUGCCAAUGGAUGUGCCUACAAGGUGGAAUGCAACCUAUAAAAUGCUUGAAGGUGCAUUCAAAUAUAGGCAAGUUUUUGAGAAGAUGGCAUAUUCUUGUGAGGUGUUUCAAGCUUAUUUUCUAGAGGAAGAAAAAGUUAAGAAAGUGAUGGUUAAGAGAGUGGGACCUCCAAAAGAUGAUGAUUGGGAGAAGGCAUUAGCUUUUGUGCAUUUUCUCAAAAAAAUUUAUGAUGCUACAUUGAAACUUAGUGCAACCAAAACUUGUACAUCCACAAUAAUUUUCCUAGAAUUGGUUGCUUUACAAGUUCAAAUAGAAGCUAAAAUGAAGGAUCCUAGAAAUCCUACUAUGCAACGGGUAGCAUCUUUAAUGAAGUUGAAAUUUGACAAAUAUUGGGGGAGCUUUGAUGUUGUGAAUAAGCUUAUAUUUUUGGGCAAUGUGCUAGACCUAAGGAUGAAGCUUCAAAUGCUCCAAAUAAGCUUUGGGAAUCUUGGGGUAGAUGCUAGAAAGCAAGAUGAGAUUGUGAAGGAGGUUGUAAAGUGUUUGAAUGAAUUGUAUAAUGAGUAUAAAGAGGUUGGAGGGGGUGUGAGCCAAAUUGAUGAGGAUGAGAUUGAUGAUGAGGUUGCACAAAUUGGUGAUGAUGUUGAUGUCACAUUUCAACUAAUGCAACAACUUGUGCAAAAGAGGAAGGAUGAGCAAUCCGUUGAGAUAUCCAAUGAAGUGGAUAAGUACUUGAUGGAUCCUUUUGAGAGCCCCUUGAGCAAACAAUUCAAUCUCUUGAAUUGGUGGAAAGGGAACCAAAAAAGAUAUCAUAUUCUUUCGCAAGUUGCCAAGGAUAUCUUUGCAAUUCCAAAUUCUACGGUUGCCAGUGAAAAUGCUUUUAGCCUAGGCAAGAGGAUUGUGGAUCUUUUUAGAAGCUCUUUGCAUCAUAAAAUGAUAGAGGCAUUAGUGUGUACUAGUGAUUGGCUUAGAGCAGACGAAUUUUCCUUUUACAAGGAACCAACGGAUGAUGAGGUUGAAUUCUACAAGGAAAUGGAACAUAUAACAACUUAUAGCAUUGGUGCUCAAACAACACAACGGGGUUCUUCAAAUCCACUCACCACCAACACUUGA